GACAAAACGGAAGAGAUAAACAUAGAGAAAGGUGCAAAAUAUUGAAAUAGAAAACGGUGCAAAACAUAUAAAUAUAUAUUCUAGUGAGAACAUUUAUAAAAGUCAGUGAAGUGCGAUAAGCAAUUAUUUGUCUUUUUUUUCAUUAUCUACCUGUGAAACCAGGAUAGAGGUUGUAUUGCUUUGCGAGGGAAAUAUCGUGUCGCGUAAUUUACAAGUUUCAAAAAUGAAGAAGUUCAGUAUUGUGGGAUUUGAGUUCACAACGGUAGUGGUUGCUGCAGUGCUCUUGAUGAUCCUAUUGCCGGAAACCGUUCACGCCAGACCAUCCGGCCAUACGAGUAGACAAAAACGUGUUUCUGACCAGAGGUUGGCGGAGCUCGAAACCCUUUUGUCACUGUCGAGAAUGCGAGGAAAGUUGGUUACGGUUCCGAUAGGAUUCGGACGCGUGGACCCAGACAGACUUGGUCGCAGACGACGAUCGAAUAUGGAAAGUGGUUUACAAAAGUUACAACGUAUUCUACAAGCAGCUGCACAAGAGUCUAAUUCGAUUAGCGAGGAAAGCGUGGAGCUACCGUCUUCCUUUUUGGAGGAUUUUGGUCAUCAGCACGAGGGCGAAACGGAGGAUCAGUUUAUAUAACUUGGAUAUCUUAAUGGGAAUGCAAAAGUCAAAGAAGAGGCCCUCGACCCUCGGAGACUGAACAGUAUUAGCGAACCUUCCGCCGUUUGAGUUUGAAUUCUUAAGUGAAUUUCAAAUACGUUAUAAAUAAGUAAAAUAUUACAAUUAUAUGAAGAAUGCACAGUUUACCGAUGGAUGGUAAUGGAUGCGUGAGGUCCACGAUGGAGUCUUUAUUUAUUGUAACUUGCUGUGUUCGAUACUUAAGUAUUUAAAACGAGACAGUAUUCUGAGAGAAUAUUUGUACAUACAUAUAUGUGCAACAUACAUAUAUGUAUUUUGGUUAAGUAACUUAUUUAAUUUAUUACAAUGUAUUAUUUAUUGAAUUAGCAAGUAGUUUGAGUUUGUGGGAUGCUUAUUGUUUCCUAUUUACGUCUGAUUGAAUUUUUUUUACGAAUUCAUAAACCCAAAACACCCAUGUAAAUGUCUCUGAUAAAAGUUCAAUAAUAGCUUUCCCUUAAAGAAUUUAUUUAUAUUAUUUAUUUAAAAAUUAAUAAGUAGGUAUACGCUUAUUAAAGCUAACGUUGACCUCUGUGAAUUGUAUUAAUCGAAUUUGACGUAGUCGUAUUAUUUAUUGCUCUAGGUAGAUUUUUAUUAUUUAUUCAUCCUUGAUUCCAUACAUUGAAUGGUAUCAUCUUUCAUUUGCAUGAUGGCAUGUAAGUUCGAUGUCGUUGUUAUAAUAUAAUUCUUUUGUUUUCUAAUAAUCUGCAUUAGAGGAUUGUGGAAAAAAGUAUCGACGAAUAAGGUUCUUAAGCGAUAAAUUAUUUAUUGACUUUUUUACUGUAUAUUAUUUAAUAAUUUAUUAUUCCUAAAACGCUGAGAUUUAUUCUUCAUAAUAGGAUAACAUAUUUAUUUCCUCAAUAGGAAAAUGUAAAUGAAUGUAAAUGCAAUAAAAAAAUAUUCCUCUGGA